CGUAUGGUACGACUUUGCCAGUAUUUAGCUCGUUAACAUGCUACUUGGCUAACUUCACAUUUAUACACAUGGUUUCAGUUUAAAAGCAGCUUUACUCGUCAGACGUCAGUCUGUUACUUCACCCUCCCAUAACGUAUAUCAAGUUUCAUAUAGGGCUUGUGAGCAGACUGUUAGAGGAAGGACGGAUGUGGUGGAAGUGAAUCUCCAAGCAAAUGGUCAACUCAAGGGAGGCUGAUAUCCAUCCCUCAGUUUCCCAGGGAUCCCUCAGCCUGCCCUGAUGAAGGCCGAGCGAGACGGAGACCUCCUGGAAGAGGACUCCCCUCAGGAGAAUGGAGUCCAGACGAACCAGUACAACUCUAUUUCUCCUCCUGCCUCACCUGUGGCCCAGGAAGAACCGUUCUCCACAUACUUUGAAGACAAGGUUCCCAUCCCCGAGAAUGUCAAUCAGGUAUUCAGUUUCCGUAAACUCUGGGCCUUCACUGGACCAGGGUUUUUGAUGAGCAUUGCCUACUUGGAUCCAGGGAAUAUCGAGUCUGACCUGCAGUCUGGAGCUAAAGCUGGCUUUAAGCUCCUAUGGGUGCUCCUAUUAGCGACCAUCAUUGGGCUGCUGUUGCAGAGGUUAGCUGCGCGCCUCGGGGUCGUCACAGGGAUGCACCUGGCUGAAGUCUGCAACCGCCAAUAUCCCACUGUUCCUCGGAUCAUCCUUUGGCUGAUGGUUGAACUGGCAAUUAUUGGCUCUGACAUGCAGGAGGUCAUUGGCUGUGCCAUUGCUCUCAACCUCCUCUCUGUGGGCAGGAUCCCACUGUGGGGAGGGGUACUCAUCACCAUCACAGACACAUUUGUGUUCCUCUUUCUAGACAAAUAUGGCCUGAGGAAACUUGAAGCUUUCUUUGGCUUUCUCAUCACUGUAAUGGCUAUUAGCUUUGGUUACGAGUAUGUGCUGGUGAAGCCAAACCAAGGGGAGCUGCUGAAGGGGAUGUUUGUACCCUACUGUGCUGACUGUGGCCCUGUGCAGCUGGAGCAGGCAGUGGGAAUCGUAGGUGCUGUGAUCAUGCCCCACAACAUUUACCUGCACUCUGCGCUGGUCAAGUCUCGGGAAGUCGAUCGCAAAAAUAAGAAGGAAGUAAAAGAAGCCAACAAGUACUUCUUCAUUGAGUCAACUGUCGCUCUCUUCGUCUCUUUUCUCAUCAACGUCUUUGUCGUGGCGGUCUUUGCUCAGGCCUUCUACAAUAAAAGCAAUAUGGAAGUGAGUGCAGAGUGCAAUGCAACCGGCAGUCCUCACACAGAUCUCUUCCCUCUCAACAAUGGCACACUGGAGGUGGACAUUUACAAAGGGGGAGUGGUCCUGGGCUGUUUCUUUGGCCCUGCAGCUCUCUACAUCUGGGCCAUAGGGAUCCUGGCAGCUGGACAGAGCUCCACUAUGACAGGCACUUACUCCGGGCAGUUUGUCAUGGAGGGUUUCCUGAACCUACGGUGGUCUCGUUUUGCACGGGUGCUGCUGACCCGGUCCAUCGCCAUCACACCUACCCUGCUGGUAGCCAUUUUCCAGGACGUUCAGCAUCUGACUGGCAUGAACGACUUCCUCAAUGUGCUUCAAAGCAUGCAGCUUCCAUUCGCUUUGAUCCCAAUUCUGACCUUCACCAGUCUGACAUCCAUAAUGAACGACUUUGCAAAUGGAUUGGUGUGGAAGAUUUCCGGAGGCAUCGUCAUCCUGGUGGUUUGUGCAAUCAACACGUACUUUGUGGUGGUUUAUGUGACGUCGCUGAACAGUGUGCUGCUCUACAUUCUCGCUGCUCUCCUCUCCCUAGCCUAUCUGUGCUUUGUAGGCUACCUGGCAUGGCACUGUCUGAUUGCCUUGGGGGUUUCCUGCCUGGACUUUGGCAGCAGGAUGCUAAUGAGACGGUCACGUCACACAGACAUUUACUUACUGAACGACAUGGAGACUGAUUCUGUGGUUGAGAGAUAGGACAACGCGAUGUGAGUGGAUGUUGAACUGUGAUGACUGAAGGACACUGAUAGAUUGCCUGACUGAAGCGUGGGACCACAGAAGCUUGGUCCGUACGGGUUUGUCGUCACCUCUUGGUGCCUGACACGUUUUAAAGUGUCCUUGUGGUACGCCCACAGAUGUCUAAUCCUGUUCAAUUCAGUGAUGGAGGUUUUCCAUCCCGAAUGUCUCAACAGCCUCAGCUAACAACAAGUUGCAGUUCUGUUGACAAGUAAUGUUUAUGCAAAUAAUGGUUAAAUAUCUGGGCUCCAAAAUGAGUGAUGUCUAAAAAAAAAACCUAAAAAACAAACAGGUUCCUGUGGCUGUGACGCGUAGCCUAUAUCAUGUUUUUGAUAAAACAAUUUCACCGCAGUGUCCAUAAUAUGAUGAUUGUCCCUGCUGGCUUCUCAAAAUCACUCAUCUUAAAUGACUGACCCACAACAUGUUAACAACCCUAUAACUUAAGUAAAAGACAGUGAUAGUUGCCAGCGAGACACUACUGUGAUGAAAUAAUCACUUUCCCGUCAGAAAUCGCACAAAAAUAAAUUGACUAUUCCAAAACAUGGAAAUGCCAGAGUCAUAAGUUCAGAGGCACAACUGGCUGUUUUAAGCCAGUGUUGACCCAGAGAUGCUGUGGACCUCCAAUACAGCCACCAGGCUGUGCAUUAGACAUGCCUCUGUUUCACUGAUUUUUUUUUUUUUUUU